AUGGACGUUCAGUUGCGCGAUGAGGCCGCACAGGAUCGCGUGCGAGCCGCCACUGAGUUCCUUGAUCCCGGCGAUGCACGGGCACGCAGCUAUCGAGCCGAGAUUGUGGUUAUGUUGAAUCGGGGAUUGCGCCGCCUCACUGUCAGCAUCGAUGAAAUCCGAGCACACAACCGCGAGCUUGCUGAAGGGCUUCUCACCUCCCCUUUCGAUUACUCGCAGGCCUUCGACCGGGCCCUUAAAGAUGUUGUCAAGUCUCUACCGAACAGGCCGAGCAAGGAGACAGCGGACGAAGUGGGCUACUACUGUGCCUAUGUCGGAGCAUUCGGCGAAUUUUCUUGCAACCCCCGUACACUGGGAUCUCAACACUUGAACCGCAUGGUGUCCCUCGAAGGUAUUGUGACAAAAUGCUCUUUGGUUCGCCCAAAGAUCAUCCAGAGUGUGCACUACAGCGAGAAGAAGGACCGUUUCCUGGCGAGAAAAUACCGCGAUCAGACUAUGACUGCGAGCGGUGCCACAAGCUUGAAUGUCUACCCCCAGGAAGACGAUGAAAAGAAUCCCCUUAUCACCGAGUACGGUUACUCGACCUACAUGGACCACCAAAGCAUCUCGAUUCAAGAAAUGCCUGAGCGUGCUCCGGCCGGUCAGCUGCCUCGAAGCGUCGACGUUAUUCUUGAUGACGAUCUGGUCGACAAAGCCAAGCCCGGUGAUAGAAUCCAGCUCGUCGGUAUCUACCGCACCCUUGGUAACCGCAAUGCUGGCUCGGGGUCGUCUACCUUCCGUACUAUCGUGAUGGCCAACAACAUCAUUCAACUCUCCUCAAAGUCCGGCGGUGGUAUCGCGCAGGCCACCAUUACCGACACCGAUAUCCGAAACAUUAACAAGGUCGCCAAAAAGAAGAACGUCUUCGAGUUGCUGUCCCAGUCGCUGGCACCCAGUAUCCACGGACAUGACUACAUCAAGAAGGCCAUUCUGCUCAUGCUGCUUAGUGGUAUGGAGAAGAAUUUGGAUAACGGUACUCACCUUCGCGGUGACAUCAACAUUCUCAUGGUUGGCGAUCCGUCGACUGCCAAGUCUCAAUUGCUUCGCUUUGUGUUGAACACUGCUCCGCUGGCCAUUGCCACGACCGGUCGAGGCUCCUCCGGUGUUGGUUUGACUGCUGCCGUGACCUCUGACAAAGAGACGGGUGAACGUCGUUUAGAGGCUGGUGCCAUGGUUCUGGGUGACCGUGGCGUGGUGUGUAUUGACGAGUUUGACAAGAUGAGUGACGUGGACCGUGUUGCAAUCCACGAAGUUAUGGAACAACAGACCGUCACUAUUGCAAAGGCUGGUAUUCACACCAGUCUGAACGCACGAUGCAGUGUCCUAGCUGCCGCCAACCCUGUCUACGGACAAUACGAUCCUCACAAAGACCCCCAUAAGAACAUUGCUCUUCCCGAUUCUCUUCUUUCCCGUUUCGAUCUGCUCUUCGUUGUCACUGAUGAUAUCGAGGAUGCCAAGGAUCGUACUAUUUCGGAGCACGUCCUGCGUAUGCACCGUUACCGCCAGCCUGGAACUGAAGAAGGUGCCCCUGUACGAGAGCAGCUUAACCAGACUCUGGGUGUGGGCAUUGAGGAUCGCCAGGAUGCCAAUCAGCCUACAGAGGUUUUUGAAAAAUUCAACGUCAUGCUCCACGGUGGCAUGGUGCCCGCUAGCCGCGGCAACAACCGCAACAAGAACUUGGAGAUCAUCAGCAUCCCCUUCAUCAAGAAAUACAUCCAGUACGCCAAGUCACGAGUCAAGCCCGUUCUGACCAAGGGAGCUGCCGACCACAUCAUUGCUACUUACUCGGCUCUGCGGAAUGACGACCUCUCGGGUAACCAGCGCCGGACUUCUCCCAUCACACCGCGUACCCUCGAGACGCUGAUCCGUCUGUCUACUGCCCAUGCUAAGGCCCGUCUGUCGAACCGGGUGGAGGAGAAGGAUGCGAAGCACGCCGAAGCCAUUUUGCGCUUCGCCAUGUUCAAGGAAGUUGUGGAGGUUGGCCGCCGCAAGAGACGCAAGGUGGCUACCUUCGAUGAGGACUCGGACGACGAGAGUGAUCCCGAGCUUGACGAUGAUGAAGAUGAAAAUACAACCUUCCGGGGUACAUCAACCGCCACCCCAGGCCGACCAACCCGAUCCCGUGGUGCCGCCAGCUCUACAGUUCCAGACGAUGACCCGGACAGUCUGUACACAGCUAGCCCGCGCGCCCAGCGUACACGCUCCAGCCAGAACACUCGCACUCAGACACAGACUGAGUCCCAGAUGUCGGUGGCAUCCUCCCAACCGGCCUCCCAACUUGUGCAGUCCCAGACGGAUGACUCGCAGUCUACUGCUGCAUCUGCCCACCCCAUCACCCCAGCCCGUAUGACUGUCUUCCGCCAGACCCUGGGUCCUCUCAUGGGUACUACGGUCUUCGCCGACUCUGACAUGACCCCCGUCGACGAGCUGAUCGAGGCUGUCAACACGGCCAUUCGCGCGUCCCCUACCCUAGGUGCUUCGCACGUCUUCUCGCGCGCCGAGGCCACCCAGGCUCUGGGUGUGAUGAACGAGGAAAACCUGCUGAUGUACCUUGGAGGAGACGACGAACACGUCUACCGGAUUUAA